AGAAGGUAAUGUGAAGCCCCUCACUAUACAGUGUGCACUUGCCGACUUCCUCUCGCCCUUCUGACUGGCUGUGUAUAAGAGAUGAUGAAUCUACCUAGAAAAUCGCGGCAUGACACAGGCAAUGAAGGGAAGUGGUUUACCCGAAAUAGAGCCAGAGAAGGGAGGGGUCAGAGAGCGAGCAGAGAGCACGGAACUGAGGUCGGUGCGGAGCCCAGUGAUGAGCAGAGCCGAUGAGGAGGUAGCUCAGCUGUACGGAUGAAGAUGUAGGUGGUGGUACUGGAGACAUAACUCUUAUCUGAUGUGAUUGGUCCUCUCGGAUUAUUCCAGUUUUAGAGACUACCUAUGAUGGUCAGUGGAAGUAUGAGCAGUGGUUACAGUAGCCUGGAGGAGGACAUUGAGGACUACUUCUUCACAGCCAAGGAGAACCUGUCCAGGAGAAGUGCUAAGGUCCAGAAUGUACAGUCAGAAGAAAAAAAGCCUGACCUACAGGAGCUGAUGCGGAAGAUAGAAAUCUUCAACAAUGAGGUUCAAAAUGGCCUUGUAAUGAAAAUGGCAGAGGAUGGAACAUACACUGGAUUCAUUAAAGUGCAUUUGCAGCUUCGGCGUCCAGUCACUGUAUCCUCUCAGACACCAUCCGUUUACACCAAAAAAGAAGCAUCAUCGAAUAAAGCAAAAGAAAACUGGACCUCCAUCAACGUACCACUGGAUGCAAUGAAGCAGUUACAUAUUAGCAGUAUCACAACAGCCAGUGAGGUCAUCCGUGGGCUUUUACAAAAAUUUCAAGUGGUAGAUGACCCUCUAAAAUUUGCACUAUUCAAGAAAAUGCAGAAGGAAGGACAAGUUUUUUUUCAGAAGCUAGCAGUGACGGAGCACCCACUUUAUGUCCGCCUUUUAGCUGGUCCAGACGCUGAUGUACUGAGUUUUGUACUAAAGGAGAACGAAAUAGGAGACGUACAGUGGGAUGCCUUUACAGUACCAGAAUUGCAAAACUUCUUGCUUAUUUUGGAAAAAGAAGAACGGGAGAAAGUGCAACACGUCCAAAAGAAAUUUGUAACCUUUCGUCAGCAUUUGCAAGAAGCUCUUAAGGAUAACAAAAAGAAGUAAAUCUUUUGAACAUCUUCAAAACAAACUGGACUCAUUCAGUCUAUUCCUACCUCUAAAAUUACCAUACCAUUUUAAAUUAAACGUGGUCUUAAAAUUUUUAGGGGUACUUUCAAUGGCAACUGGGAAAUUGCACUUUUUUACCCGUUUUGUUGUAUUUUUUACUGGAGCAAAAAACAUGAGGUUUAUUGCCUUGGUUUGAUACUUGGUUGCUGAAGAGGUCGGAUUAACCCUAGUACCUGCUUUGUAACAAAGCUUUCUAGUAUUGGGUAUCUUUAAAGUUUAUACAAUGAAAACCCUGAAGUUCAUGUAUCUUUCCAUGCAUACUAUUUAUUGU